GUUACCAGUAAGGGCUCUACUCCUUUGGAGUCAGUCGAGGAGGUUCCCACAGUGACCCAGUUAAACUGUACUCAGCACUUAUUUGACAGUGAGAUGCAGAAACUGCAGGACAUUUUUACUUCAGCAGAAGGUCAAAGUGCAAGUGAGGCGCCUUCAACGUCCACAUCAUGGAGCUUGCGCCAAUCAGCAGCCCAAGAGGAGUGGCGGAAAGCAAGGUCUUAUCACCUUAGCUCCUUGCUGUCCUGCAAUGUGUUUCCAGAGAGAAACUGCAUCCACUGCACAUCUCCUGCCAUCAUUCGCUGCAGAGACUGCAUGCCAGAGGAGUGGCUAUGUAUGGAUUGUGACAUCCGCAUCCAUGCAAAACUUGCACUCCAUAACAGGGAGUCCUGCAUCGAUGGGAUUUACAAGCCCAUUGACCCAACAGAUGGCUGUAUGCAAAAAGAUGGCAGAUACACACUGUUCAGACAAGUACGUCUACUGCCUACUGAGAGACCUGUCCAGUUGUGCACUUGUGGCCCUGCAAACAUUGCAGAAUCAGCUGGCAGAGCAAUCAUUCUGGUUUGCAUAAAUGGUCGGUAUGAUUUGCACUUGCCACACUUGCUGUGCAGAUCAUGUUUGGCACAGUGGACACCUGACAGGAGUGACCUCAUUAGAAGUGGGUAUUGGCCAGCAUCCGUAAAUGCUGACACACUGUUUGCUGUGGACAGUCUGUGGGUCUUCAGCACCUUUGAAGAGAUGAAAACUGUGGCACCCGGUUUGUCGAGACAAGCUUUUGCGAAUGUUGGAGAGGAGGACAUGUCACUAUGGAAGGGCUGGGAAAAUACAUGGAGACGUAUUCCAACGGAGUUUCAUGUUGUACACAUUCUGCCAGUACCAAUGUGAGAAAAUGGCCAGUGUAGAGCACUUCACCUGCCCGGCAUGUACACCCAACAUGCUUGCUGUUUGUGCACAUGGCAACAGGAAACUGUACUGAUUUCGACAGUCAAAGGGGUCAGAGGAACCGUAUUUUGAUGGGACCUUCAUUGCCAAAGACAACAAUUUGCACCAAUUUGUUGAGGAUAUCAGGAGUAACAUGAAAAGUAAUCCUGGCAGAGGAACUUGUGGAGCCAGUCAAUGGUCUGCUGCACGUGAGACUGCCAGACGAGCAAACAAGUUGGAUGAAGAG